AUGUCUGACAUGGUGAGGUUGGAGGCCCCGCCGCCAUCGCUCCGGCCCCCCCGCGGCCCACACGUGACCAGGGAGAACCCCGCGCUGCUUCCGCCCACCAAUCACAGCGCGCGAUCGCUCCUGGAUUUGCAUAACCACGCUUUCGGUCCUGACCCCGCCCACCGCCGGCUGAAGCCGCCACGGAAAGCGCUCCCAAAUCCUUCCGGGUUCUCUCAGGAUCGCUUCGAGUGCUCCCAGUAUUGGUUCCAGCACUGUGCAGGGCACGGCCACUUUGGAACCCCCCAGGGCAGAGCACGGCUGCUUUUCAGUGUCGGCACCGACCUGGGCCGGGCUGGGAGCGGAGGAGGGGGAGGAAGGAAAGAGGAGCGGGAAGAACAAGAAGGGGAAAGUCAGGAACAUGAGGAAGAGGAGCUGCAAGAGAAAGAGCAGCAGCAGAACCACUCGGCUCCCCCGCCCGCCCGCUCAGGCUGCAGUUCCCCCAACUCUGGCAGCAUCACCCUGCCCCCCCGGAACCCACAGGAUUUCCCAUUCCCAAAUCAUGGUCAGAUGGAGGAGGAGGCCGUGAGGAAGAUGGCCCAGAAGCCCUAUGCAGACAAGGAGCUGAGGAUGGAGACCAGGGAGGACAAAUCCCCACAGCUGAACCUUAUGGAAAAGGCAUUUUAAACCAGCUCCAUGGUGCAGGAAUCCAAGGAGGAGGAAAAGCCCCAGAGAUCCCUCAUGAGGGGUUACAAAUGCAGAUCACGGUGAUCCAAAGCAGAAAGACCCACUCCGGGCCAGGGAGGUGGCCAGAGAUGCUGCUGGAGCUUAGAGCUGAGAGUCCAUGAGCAGCUUCAUGAUGGGGAGAAGCCCCACAAGUGCUCAGAAUGUGGGAAGAGCUUCAGCAAGUGAUCCUACCUGAUCCAACACUGGAGAAUCCAUAUGAGGGAACAG